CGCCCGCGCCGCCGACCACCACCAUGCCCCGCUCCGACUCGGAAGGCUCGCUGUACGAGCCAGACGGCACCCCUCCCGCCCCGACGCGCCAACCCGCACCCCGCGUCGCCCGAGACGCCUCGUCCCUCCUCGACUUCUCGUCGCUCGACCCGACCAACACGGUCCCGCCCUCGCGCGCCACGUCCCAGAUCCCGACCGGCGCCAACUCGAGCCAGGUCGGCACCCCGCUCGGCUCGGACCUCAUCGACGACCGCGAGGGCGACGACAGCCAGCAGGCGAGCCAGAGGGUCUCGACCGCAGAGCAGACGCCCGACCCGCAGCCGCAGCCGCCCAAACGCUCGCGCGCCCUCAACUUUCUCAAAAAGAAGGAGCCCAAGACGUCGAUCACCAUCAAGGGCGUCACGUACCAGAUCCGCGACGACGAGAUCCUGCUCCCCGACGACCCUCGUGGCGAGGCCAAGAUUGACCACCUCGGCAACCUCCUCGGCGGCAAGUCUCUACCUCCCUCUCACCGCCAGUGGAAGGUCCACACUUUUACGUCACCCCUGCGCCAGAACCCGAACCGCGUCUACAUCCUCUCGAUCGAUGCCGCCCGCGCCGCCGGCUUCCGCGACUCGCUCUACUUCUUCCGCCGCAACCCCAUGAUCCACAAGUUGACGUGCAACCAGGAGGAGAAGGACCGCCUCAUCGAGCUCGGCAGGCUGAGCGGCAACCUCAAGAGCCGCGCCGUCACCAUGGUCGCCGCGAGGAACGUCUUCAAAGUCAUGGGCGCCACCUUCUUGCAGGGCGGCAAGUACGUCGUCGACGAUUACUACGAGGACAAGUCGAUCGCUGCGGGCCACAAGCCGGGCGAGCCCGCCUUCAUCGAGGCGUACGACCCGGACAAGGACACGGGCACGCUCGCCACGUCCAAGGGCAACGCGCCUCCCGGCGCCACGUCGCUCGGCCUCAACCACCUCAUCGGCCACCCGGGCAAGCCCAAGGUGCCCGGCGCCGAGCUCCUCCCCGUCGGCGGCGGCGCCGGCUACACGGCCACGUUCGGCGGCACGGGCAUGCAGCCUUUCGGGCGCGCGUGGGACCCGCAGGCCAAAAAGGCCAAGCCGGCGCCACACCUGACGUGGUCCAACUGGAUGCUCGAGUACGCGCAGAACGUGCGCGACGAGAACGCGCGGCUCGCCGUCGUCAGGAGGGGCAACGUCGGGCAGGUGCAGGUCGGGCUCGGCGUCGAGGAGAACGAGGACGACUGCUGGGAGUGGGUAGAGGAGGAGUACGACGACGUCGACGAGGACGAGGUCAAGCCGCCUGUCGCCGCCGCUGCCGCCGCCGUCGACGCCGCCGCGCCGCCCGUCCCCGGCUUCUCGAACGGCCUGCCGUCCCUCCCACCACCUUCCGCCGCCUCGCCCCACCCACUCGCCGCCACCGCGCCUUCCCCAGCAACAGCAGCGGUCGACCCCUCGCUCGCCUCGCCCUUCCCCUCGUCCUCUCUGCCCGGCUCCCCCUUCCCUUCCACCGCCGCCGCCUCCUCGGCGCCCGCCGUCCCCUCGGCACCGUCCCCCGCGCCCGCACCCGUCGCUCACGCACCGCGCCCCAAGAAGCGCCGCCUCGUGCGCGUCUACACGCCCAUCCGCGGCGUCUACGACCCCGAGACCAACGUGCCGCACGUGUACCGCGCGACGCAGCCGCGCCGGGUCGUCGAGUUCGCGCAGGUCGAGAAGCGGCCGAGGCUGAGCGACGAGGGCGAGGGCGAGGGUGAGCGUCGGGCGGCGAUGGACAUGGAGCUCGAUGGCGAGGACGGCGAGGAGGAGGCGAGGCGGCGCGAGGCGGCGCGCCGAGCCGGGCUCGCGAGCGUCGAGCUCGUGAGCGACCCUCGGGCGUGGGCGCUCGAGGUCGAGGGCGAGGGCCGGACGAUGGUCGAGGCGGCGCUCGCGUCGCGCGUCGGGAGGGAGGACCUCGUGCCCGGGACGUGGGACUUUCUCGAGCUUGCGAGGCGCGAGGGGCUUGCCGUGUAGCUGAGGGCCGAGCAUGACAUGACGUGCAGCAACGUCUUCGAUCAAGCUGCAG